AUGGCGUCCCCGGCAGCUCACAAGUGGUUGAAAAAUGCAGUUUUGGCAAACCGCGGUGCAGCCGGCCAUUUGGCAUUGACGCCGAAUGAUUUUCUGAACCGCAACGACGUCAUCAACAAUUCUGUGAUAAUUUCGACCGUCAUAGCCUAUCACGGGCUUCGCCCAAGUAUCGACGUCUUGACGGAUGAGGUUGAUGCCUUUUUCCGGUCAGCGAGACCAAGAGGCAAACCGGAGAUCAGCAGCAACACGGCUUACUAUUGCGCUUGCAAACUUCCUGCAUUGCACUGCAUGCAAUUUCUAGCUGUGUGUGGCAGCUUAGGGGAUGUGUGCCGGACCCAAGCGUGGGUCCUGAAGCGGCUCGUGUCAAUUUUUGCACGUGCAGCUCGAAGAGGCCACUACCCACGAGAGCGUGCCUUCCGAGACAUCUACCGUACAGCAGGAAUUCCUCUUCCAGAUCACCCGAGUGCUGCUAAAGACGAUGUCGAGUCUGAUGGUGAUGAUGUCAGCGACGAAGAGGCAGAGAGCGAGCCGUGCAGUGUCGAGGACAUAGAGGUGGAGCCGGAGGGGGAGGAUGCUUUGAAGGACCCCAGCUGCAUCGACCUGACGGCCAACUCCUUGAACAAGCUGUUGCCUGAGGAGGCACUCAAAACGCCCUCUUCCGGGAAGGGCAGUGACUGUGGAAGUGCUCGUAUGAGCCAGCGAUCCAUGGGGUCAUCUGACAACCCGUGGGUGUCAACACCAGAGCCCAAAGGAUUGUCUUUCUCGUCACCCAACACACCCGAGAAGCUGACCAUGACUUCCACUGCUCCGGUAGUGCGCCCAGCUUCGGCCUCGGAGGUGGCAGAUCUGGCUGACAAGCAGGUCUUAGACCAGCUGCUAGCAGAGGAGGAAAUGCUGGUACAGUUGCAGAUGAUGCAAGAGCUGGAGCAGGAGGAGGCUAAGUUGGCUGAACUUGUUUCUGCCCUCCAGCUAGACACAAAGACGACCCAGCUUUCUUCCCCAACCUAUGCCGCCUCCUGUCCUGAUGUUUUCGACACUGUGCCCUAUGAGUUUCCGGACAUUGUGCCCGAAACGGCUGUGGCAAUGAAGCCUGCACUUUGGGUGUUUCCGGCGCAUGACGAUGAGGCUGCAAAGGGUAGCUACCAUGGCUUGUCAAAGGUGGAUGCAGACACGGGUCUGCUGGAGCCCGUGCCGGGAGCAAUGCCUGCACGUGCACCGGAGUCGCCAGAGGCCAUGGACACUGGGGCUGAUGGCGCAGAGGAUUGCGAGACAGAGCAGGCGUUGCAGGGGGGUGAUGGCUCAAAGGGUUGCAAGACAGAGCAGGCGUUGCAGGGGGGUGAUGUUAAGGAUUGCAAGACAGAGAAGGCGUUGCAGGGGGGUGAUGUCUCACGGGAUAGCGAGACAGAGCAGGCGUUGCAGGGGGGUGGUGGCUCAAAGGAUUGCGAGACAGAGCAGGUCGAGCUGGGGGUUGACGACCCUGUUCGGGCCAUCCUGAAGAGAUUGCCGCCCAUCUCGCCAACAGAGCAGAGCAAGCUGGCCGCCAAGCGUGCAGCGGAUGAGGAGGCCGAUGAAGACGAAAAGCCCCAGCGGUCCAACCGGGGACGUGGUGGGCGCGGCCGGGGACGUGGCCGGGCGGGACGUGGCCGAAGUGCUACAGGCCGCGGGCGUGGCCGUGGCAAGGUGGAUGAGGAUGAGCCAAUGGAGGAGGCAAAGUGCCAGGGCAAGCCAGUGGAGGAUGAGGAUGAUGAGGAUGCAACGUGCUAUCAUGGGUCACCGUUGGCAGCGGCUCCCGGCACACCGGAGUCUGUGCACGAAGCCAAGAAGGCAACGGCCAAAGGUAAGGCAAAGGCAAAAGCAGCAGGGCUGCGAAAGGGAUCCAAGCCGGCUGGCGGUGGCAAGCGCAAGGCGGAGACCAGUGAUGGAUCGGCUGCCAAGCGAGCCAAGCAUGGAUCCAAAAAGGAUGUCGCUGAGUCCGAUGAUGCUUUGGCUGCCAAGCGUGCCAAGAGCCGCAAGAGUGUGGCCUAUCACGCAGCUCGCAAGGCUGCCAAGGAGCGUGGACUUUCGGAUGAGGCCGCAAAGGAAGAGGCCUACAAGGCGACUGAGUAA